AAACGUUCAGUUUAGCUUCGGCUCCAAGCGCGACAAUUUGAGGUUUAGCUCCAGUGUGCACUCUUAACUACAUAUAUAAGGCCCCAACCCGCCAGCAUCCCAGCUCGUAGUAGUCCUCUUUGCCAAUCCAAAAACCAACACCAAAAAUCAAAUUAAGAUGGCCGCUCCAGCACCAGCACUCAAGGAUCUGCCCAAGGUGGCCGAGAAUCUGAAGAGCCAGUUGGAAGGUUUUAACCAGGAAAAACUGAAGAAUGCCAGCACCCAGGAGAAGAUCAUUCUUCCCACCGCUGAAGAUGUGGCUGCUGAGAAGACCCAACAGUCGAUCUUCGAGGGCAUCACCGCUUUCAAUCAGAACAACUUAAAGCACACGGAGACCAACGAGAAGAACCCGUUGCCCGAUAAGGAAGCCAUCGAGCAGGAGAAGGAGAAGAAUCAGUUCAUUGCCGGCAUUGAGAACUUUGAUGCGAAAAAGUUGAAGCACACCGAGACCAACGAGAAGAACGUGCUGCCCACCAAGGAGGUUAUUGAGGCCGAGAAGCAGGCUUAAAACGGGGCUCUCAUCUGGUCCAAUUCGAUCCGAGACUCGAGACUCCACAGCCGAGAUACAAGAUCUGCGAUCUGAGAUCCCAGAUCCGAUCUUCAGUCACCCCGUCUCUUUUUCGUCUCGCCGCAUCUCAACUCUUUAUACCUAUAAAAGCUAUCCCUCUCUCAUUUUCCCAAUGCUACCAAGUAAAUCGAAACCGCUGCGCAUGCACGUGAUUGCAAAAGUAUUUUACCAUAAUCAUAUUUCGGUUGUUUUUUUUUUUCUUUUAUUUUUUAUAUAUAUAUUUUUGUAUUAACAAGCGAGAGAAUCAGUCUCAUUCCUACAGCGUAAUUAACAUAAAAUAAACAUUCGUCUAUCCCAUAUAUAUUUGUGCAUAAAUGUUUCCAAAACACACAUCAUCAGAGGAAAGGAAAAACGCAGAUACAAAGCAAUACGACAGCCAACUCACUCAGAACAUUUACACUUACACAAAAAAAGACGGCAAAUAUAUGAAAAAUACUUUUUAAAAGACACGAAACAACGUAUGAAGCGUAUAAAACAGAAAAACAAAAAGGAAUACGGUAGAACACCAUCUAUAUAAAGAGUAUGUGUAAUUUUUUAAUGAACUUUUUUUUAUAUACUUUACAUACGAUAUAUUUAUACUGGAAAAAAUAAAAACAUAAAUGUAACAUUUUAUAACAAAAACGUACUAAAAA